CAGAACAAGACCAAAAAGUUGCAUGCUGGGAAGAUGGGCGACACUGAGGACGCAAACGUCGUUAGUAACGUGGACUGAGAGGACGGGGAACCGAGUCGUUCUUGCGGCAAAUGACAUCAAUCGUGUUCCAAGUGUAGAUGCGUCCAAGCUACCAGAGUAAAGUCUCCCUUGAUAGAACCACCACCACCGAUCUGGAUAUCCCUCUUCUGCGUUGACAUCAUCUGCCAAACUAACCCUGAUUCAGAUGACCAUCCUACCCAUGCUAGAUUAUGGAGACGUAAUAUAUAGAUCGUCAGGUGUAGUGUGCAGUGCCCCAGCGGUGGACUAACCCAUAUACUAUGCUGUGGCUGCACUCCGGCCUGGGCCUCCUGAGCUGCGGCAGCAUCAUCAUCCCCUCGCCCCUCUGCCCACGACACGCCCAUCGCCCUAGUGUCCUUGCCCUCGCCGGCAUGCACGCUGCCCGCCUGUACAGCUCAGGAGGUCGGGGAGGAGGAGGGGGAAAGCCAGGUCGCCGGCCGGGCCUGGGGGGUAGAGGGCUGCCCAUGCUGGAGAACCACCACCCCCACCACGUGCACACUCCAACCCCCAGCUACCCGCCCCUCUACCAGGGGCGCCCUGACCCUCAUCGGGGGCCCCACUUCCACAGUCACCACCACCAGCAGCACUACCACCCGCACCUGGCCCCCCCUCCUCUGCCUCCCCCCAUGCCCCUGUACGCCCAGCUGCACCACCACGCCACUGUUGGCGCUGCUGGCAACAAGAAGAAGACGUGGAACUUCAUCCACGAGAAGAUGAGCUACGACACCUUCUUCACCAUGAAGCGGCUGAUAGAGCGCUCGCAUCGGGGCGACGAGGUGCUGCGCUGGGUGACGCAGAACCCGGGCAAGAUCUCGCACAACCACUACCCCAUCGCCCUGCAGAAGAUUGGCCAGCUACUACAUGCCGGGGCUGCAGGAGGGGGCGGUGGUGACUCAGAGGCAGCCCUGGUUCCCAGAGCCGGUGGAGGAGUGGAGAACGAAGGCAGACAGAUCCUGGAGCACCAGGACUUCCAGACGCUGUGCAACGCCAUCGUGAGCGACUGUGUCAAGUUCGACAACUUCAGCAUCGUCAACUGCCUGUACGCUGUGGCUGCACUAGGCCUUCCCAGCGACUCGCAGGUGGUGCAGGUGCUGGAGGCAGAGUCACAGUCGCGGCUGGACCAGUUCAACCAGAAGGAUGUCUCCAUGGUGUUCAGCUCCAGCAUGAAGCUGCACCCCAGCAGCCAGCACCCCCUGACCGAGGCCUGCCUCGCAGGCUUGGAGAAGAACCUGGAGCGGGAGCGCCACCCGCAGACCCUCUUUCUGCUACUCUCCUACUACCGGCUCAAGUGGCACUCGCUGCAACCCACUGACACUACGACGGCCGGGAACGUUGCCAAUGUACGCCCCAACCCAGAGCAGCUUCUGGCCAACAGGAAGAUCCUGCGACUGGUCAAACACACUCUGGCUAGCGUAAGUGGUGUGCGCGACCAGGAGAUGGCGCUGCUGGACGAGAUGCUGGCUGUGUGUGCACGUGAAGCUAACAACAAGAGCCUAGAGCUCAUCUUCAGCUCGCACCUCUUCUACCAGAACAGGCAGGAGAGGUUUGUGUACAGCCUGGCUGAGGAAUUGCCUGAAAAAGUGGACAGCAUAACCCCAUUCACCAUGGCCCUCAUUGCCAAAUACAUUGCCCGCCACCGGCUCAGAGAGACUCGACUUCUUGACACAAUCGCUGAUUUUCUGGUCAAAAAGGGCGAAUACCUGGACAGCAAGGUUAUCCAGAAGCUGGUGUUCCCCUUCAGCCGGAUGAACUACCUGCCGUCCAACAAGGUCCAGUUCUUCUCCAAGCUGGAGGUGAUGCUGGAGCUUAAGGCCCUGAGCUCCCCGCUAGCCACCGUCAAUAUCCUCAUGUCCCUGUUCCAGCUGGGCCACUUUCCCGGCCUGGUGCUGCACAGGGUCUUCUCCACUGCCUUCAUCAGCAACGUCACCAACAGUCCUUAUGCGCUGAUCGUGCUUCGCUACUUGUCUCUGUUGGACGCAGCGGUUGAGCUGGAGUACCAGGACUACACCGGUCCACGGCUCCAGGACACGCACAAGGUGCUUAUGUUUGACCAUGCGCUGACCGCUGAUGAGGUCAACCGCAAAUACAGCUACAAGGGUCUUGUUGCUGAAGCCCUCAGACAGUUGGUUGGAGAGCAUGGCUACAAGCAAGAUGAAGUCCUGGCCCCUGGGUAUUACACAGGUCAACCGCGGGGUACUGCGGAUAUCCAACCUGAUGUAGACUCUACUGUAAGAUACCACACAGUUGAACACAAUGACUUCCUGCUGUGGAUUGAUGGCUCUGGCCGAGUUCUCCCUAUCCGGACAGGGGCAGGGACCUCCCUAAGUAUGGCCCCCAAAACCCCAGAAGGAUCCACAGCCGUGACAGUCCUCACUUCAGACUUUCAAAAUUUCUCCCCCUUCGCCCCACUAGAGGUAGGGGGGGACCAGCAACCCGUCGAGGGGGACGAUGCGGUGAACUUUCUGCCCUACCACAUGCAGCGAGGGGCAAACCCUUCCUCGGCCCAGAGGGCGGGCCCUAACGGCGGGGGCCCUCUGGACUACAACCCUUACUACACGUCGGCCGAUUACUACUCCAGCCUGGCCAAGGAGCACUCUUUGGAGAGCCAAGACAGCUCCACGCUCAGCAGCCCUCCCUCAGACAGCCUGGCACAUCCAGGGGCCUCCGGGGUAGGGGGAUCUGCCACGGCUGCCCCCAAUUCCCUCUUCCAAUUCUCCAUUGGAAAAAUCCUGGAGGACGAGGGAGGGGCGCAUGUGGGGCCGGCGAGUCAGGGGCUCAACUGCGAGCUUCCUGCAUUCUAUGAGGCAAACGGGGACGUGAAGCCCACCUCACCACUUCAACUGCACCCGGCUGAUCGAGCUGGGGACCAGCGGCAGCUCAAGAGAGUGGUUAUGUCGGUGAAUGACAAGUGGCACUACUGUCACAACUCUGAGGUGCUGGUGGGCUCCCGGGCCAUGAGAGACCGUCAUCUGCUGCUCCUGGGAUACGUCAUUCUGCAGCUGCCCUAUCAUGAGCUGGAGAAGCUGAAUGGUAUAGAGGAGGUGAAGCAGUACCUCCACAAAAAGCUCCUGGAGGUCCCCUUAUGACAACAAAAGACUUGAGUGCGUGUUUGUGUGUGUGAGUGUAUGCCAUUUUGGCUGCUUGGAAUAGGACGGUUGUUGGUGGGAUUGGGAAAGGGGGCUUUGUUUGGGGUGGAAGACAAACCCUGGUCAAAGUCUAAAACGGAAGAGUUUCUGGCAACUUGCAUUUAUCAAAAUGGCGCCAGCCUAUUUGCAACCAGUCACGUCCCCAGUUGAUUGCAUGUGUAGUAUCAGGUUGCCACGCUUGUUGUCAAUGUAAUCUUGUCAUUGUCACUUCACAACGGUUCAAAUCUAAUUUUAUUGGUCGCGUACACAUAAUUUGCUAAUGUUAUCGCGAGUGUAGCAAAAUGCUUAUGUUCCAAGCUUCUACAGUACAGUAAUGCCUAAAAAUACAAAAACAAUACACGCAAAUC